AUGACAGUUGGCUGGAGCUUACACCAGAUGAUCUAGAUCAGAUGCUGAAGGAGGCAAGAAGUGAGUCCCUUCAGUCCUCAAAUGAGGAAGAGCAGAAAUACGACUUGGAAACAGUUGCUGAAAGUAUGAAGGCUUUUGUAUCCAAAGUCUCAACACAUGAAGGAGCAGAAAUGCCAUGGUCAUCUGACGAAUCCCAUGUUACCUUUGACGUAGAUUCUUUCACAAAAGCAUUAGACAGAAUUUUAGGGGAAGACUCAGAAGAGCUGGAUUCUGAUGAUCUGGAUGAAGAGGAAGAGUUUGAUUUCUCAGAUGAGGAGGAUGAAGACUUUGAUGCUGAAAAUCAAAGGCCCGACCAGGAAGUAUCACCUAAUGAGCUUAUAGGCAGUCUCAGAUCAUACAUGGAUGAGAUGGACCGUGAACUGGCACAUACAAAUGUUGGUAAAAGUUUCACCACCCAAAAGAAACAGGCAACUUCUGUUAAAGCAGCUACAUCUGAAAGCGCUGGCCAUGAUUCUGGAGCUGAAAAUACUGAAUUGACACCAGUUGAUGUGGAUAUGAACCUAGUAGCUAACCUGCUUGAAUCCUAUAGUGCUCAGUCUGGACUGGCAGGCCCCACCUCUAACAUUUUGCAGAGCAUGGGCGUGUAUUUACCCGAAAAUGCAGAUCGUACUGGCUCUAUCGAGCAACAGAAUAAAAGACUGUCUUAA